CACCUGUUUCGGCCAAUUCAGAGCUGUCGGUGCCUGCAGGCGGAUCGAUGUAAACUGCCGCACCUGUGAGCUUUGCAUUGCGCUACCGUGUCAUUGCUGCACAAAUAGUACAAACCGGCAAUAGGUGGCGGUUUUUUUUUUUCUUCCUCGUUUAUUUAAAAUAGCAUUUCUGCAGACUCGCUUACAAUCGAGGAUUAAAAAAAAAAAAAAAAAGCAAGGUUGUGCAGCUUGACAAUAAGGACAGAAACACCAGACACACCAUGCCGCUGAAUUCGAGUUUAGCGAGUAAAAACUAUGACUACGACUACGACUCCUUACAGCCGUAUUUCUACUUUAACAACGAGGAGGAGGAUUUCUACCCUCAGCAGCCUCAGCCUCCGGCACCGAGCGAAGACAUCUGGAAGAAAUUUGAACUGCUGCCGACUCCUCCCCUCUCCCCUAGCCGCCGGCCGUCCCUGUCAAGCCUCUUCCCCUCCACGGCGGAUCAGCUGGAGAUGGUGACCGAGUUCCUGGGCGACGAUGUGGUCAACCAGAGCAUCAUCUGCGACGCGGACUACUCCCAGACCUUCCUCAAAUCCAUCAUCAUCCAGGACUGCAUGUGGAGCGGCUUCUCCGCCGCGGCCAAGCUGGAGAAGGUGGUCUCCGAGCGGCUCGCCUCCCUGCACGCUGCCAGGAAGGAGUCGGCGGCCGGUGACAGCGCCGAGCCCGCCUGUGCUGCUGCAUGGAGGCUGAACAGCAGCUACCUGCAAGACCUGAACACAUCCGCCUCGGAGUGCAUUGAUCCAUCUGUGGUUUUCCCGUAUCCCAUAGCAGAGACGCCCAAGCUGAGCGCAGGGACGCCGCCUAGUAAGGACUUGGGACUGGACACGCCACCAAACAGCAGCAGCAGCAGCAGCAGCAGUAGCAGCAGUUGUAGUGACUCAGAAGAUGAGGACGGAGAUGAAGAUGAGGAGGAACAGGAGGAAGAGGAGGAGAUCGACGUGGUCACAGUGGAGAAGAGGCAGGCGGUGAAACGGUGUGACCCCAGCCCACUGGAGACCCGGCACCCCAGCCCGCUCGUGCUGAAGCGGUGCCACGUCUCCACCCAUCAGCAUAAUUACGCCGCCCACCCCUCCAUGAGGCACGAGCAACCGGCCGUCAAGAGGCUGAAGCUGGAGAGCAGCAGCGGAGGUGGAGUGAGUGGCCACAGCAGGGUCCUCAAACAGAUCAGCAGCAACCGCAAGUGUAUGAGCCCCCGGACGUCUGACACAGAGGACUAUGACAAGAGAAGGACUCAUAAUGUACUGGAGCGCCAGAGGAGGAACGAGCUCAAGUUGAGCUUCUUUGCCCUGCGGGAUGAGAUCCCCGAAGUGGCCAACAAUGAGAAGGCAGCCAAAGUGGUGAUCCUGAAGAAGGCUACAGAGUGCAUUUAUAGCAUGCAGUCAGACGAACAGAGACUCCUCUCACUCAAAGAGCAGCUGAGGAGGAAAAGUGAACUUUUAAAGCAGAGACUUGCACAGCUGCAGGGCUCUCGUGCUUAAAGUUUGAAUCAGACUUUUUGGCCUUUUGUUUUUUAUGCAAGUUCAAGACUUAGGGUGUACAGUUGUUGUUGUUGUUGUUGCAUGCAAAUGCAAAACAGAUUAAGUUUGGUUGGAAUCUUGUAUGAUUUCAAUGUUAAAACUGCCUCAAUAGAAGUCAUGGGUGGAUUAAAUAUUUAAAAGUUUAUUUUUAUUAAUAAAAUUAAAAAAAAGGGAUAUCCCGUUGGGGGCCCAAACUAAAAUAUACAUUUUUAUGUUUUGUAUAUGAUUAAUAUUUCCUAAGAAAAUGUAUUUUUGGAUCUCAAUUGUCUGGAUGUUCAGACCCAGUGUU